AUGCCUGGCAUGAACGACGACUACGAGUAUGACGCCGAGGGCGACGUCAAGAUGGCGAUGCCGCAGCCUAUCUUCGAGGUGACGAGGGCCCCAAGUCUCAAGAUCUGGAGCCAGUCGGCCAUUUCGACGUUCCUCCGAGAGCGGAGGCAGUAUGAAGGCAAGGUCGCGGAGCAGUGUCGCGUCACGGGCGAAGUCCAAGGAGCUGUGACGCGGAGUGUGCGAUCGACGGUGGAGCCAAGGGUGCUGGAGUACGUGGCCCACUACAUCCUGAAGAAGGACAUCGAGAGCGUAUCAGACGACAUGCUGCUGGCGGAAAUGAAACGAAAAGUGGGCGUGAUGAUGUACGACCGCGUCCCCGACGUCACUCUGCUAUUCUCGCGCGAAUUGAGGAUGGAUCUAUCGGAGGUUGACGUCGAGGCCAGGAUCGCCAACUACUUCAUGACUUUUGGCCGUUUGGUCGAGGACAACGGAUUGGCUGGCAUGUUAGGCCGAGGGCCAGCUGUCGGCGAGGAAGGCCGUCAGCGUAUGAAGCUACGAUGCAAACUGCUGCUGAGCAACGUGACGCCGGAGAUGUUGAAGAUUGACUUGAGCUGGCUGGUCGAGUUGACUCACCGUGAGGCGAAGGUGAGCGACCUGGCCCUGCACGACUUGAUGAUCGAGCGAGCGACCAGACAACAGCAGUACCAUCUCAUGCAGUCGGAGAUGAAGCAAAAUUCAGCUCCGCGAGUGAAGGACUUGGCCACAGCAGGAGGAAAGGCGCAGCAGCGCCCGGCUAAGCCGCAGUCAAAGCCACCUAGCAGCAACGGUGGCAACCGCAGUUCUGGGGAGCAGCGCAAGCCCCCUCGCGAUGAAUGUCUGAUCUGUAAAGGGCCGCAUUGGGCUCGGGACUGCCCAACGGCGUCUGCGGAGCAGAAGGCUGAGGUUGCAAAGAAUCUGCGCGAGCGGAAAGGCCGGUAGCCCGAUCGAGUCAAGCGGGUCACGGCCGAUGACGAACCAAGCUUCAGGACCGCUGUCAUAAACAGCGUGUUGACCGUGCCGUUCUGCCCAGACACGGGAUCAGACGCGAACACCAUUGGACGGCCAGUGCUUGAUGAACUUCGGGAGCUGGUGCCUGAUCUGCCGACCGUGAGGGUCGAGCCGUGAUGGCUGCAGGUGGCAAUGCUAUGUAUUGCCACGAACGGGUGUACGUCGACCUGCAGAUCGUGACGGCUGCAGGGCCUCUUUGCUUGUCGAACAUCGAAUGCUUGGUGCUUGAGGCACCGGAGGAGGAACUUCUCGUUGGUAGAGCUACCCUCCAGUCCAUCAGUGUGGAUCUUGAUGGGAUAUUCGAGCAGCUGGUGCAGCACAACCUCGGGGAGGCCGAGGCCG